AGAGAGGAUUACGUCAGCACGUCUCGGCGUGAGACGACGGUGUUCCGGCGGUGCUGAGACAGCUUCCGGUGGAGCCUGGGUGUUGAUGUCCUGGAUCUGACGCGGUGUUUCUCGAAGACGAGCCAACUCCGGAGGUGUCCGGAGCAAUUCCAGCACUUGCAGCGGUAACCUCAUCAGCCCGCCAAGAUGGCGAUGCAAGCGGCCAAGAGGGCGAACAUUCGACUUCCACCAGAAGUAAAUCGAAUUUUGUAUAUAAGAAAUUUGCCAUACAAAAUCACAGCUGAAGAAAUGUAUGAUAUAUUUGGGAAGUAUGGACCUAUUCGUCAAAUCAGAGUGGGGAACACACCGGAAACUAGAGGGACAGCUUAUGUGGUGUAUGAAGACAUCUUUGAUGCCAAGAAUGCAUGUGAUCACCUAUCAGGAUUCAAUGUUUGUAACAGAUACCUUGUGGUUCUGUACUAUAAUGCCAACAGGGCAUUUCAGAAGAUGGACACAAAGAAGAAGGAGGAACAGUUGAAGCUUCUCAAGGAGAAAUAUGGCAUCAACACAGAUCCACCAAAGUAAACACUGUUUUUUGUAUUUUCAUUGUGGACUAAAACCUGUGAAUGAUUACCACCACCUUUUUUUCCUUUUUAAUUAAUACUGAAUAUUGUGAUUUCUUAUUUGAGAUUCAAAAUUACCUUCUUGAAACUUUGAUACAUCUUAGGAUAUGUUAUGUUAAUAAACUUGUAGCUUUUGUAAAAAAUGUCAGUAUUUUCUCUUGAACUUUCCCCUCCUGUUUGAUACGAGGAAAAAAUCAAAAUAAAAAACAAGAGUUAAACUAUAUCAAGAAAUGUAGAUGGUCCUAGGGACUCUGAGUGUCUUGAGAGCAUGGACCUUUUUAUACUCCUAAUGUCUCUGGUGUCCAGUUUUGUGCUUAGUCAUCAAAGGAGCUCAUUAAAGUCUUGUUGUUUACUGAAUGUCUACCAGUAAUGAAAUCUUCAUAACAACUCAGUGAAGGUAGGUAUUUGCAUUUUGCAGGUGAGGAAACCAAAGCUCAUUAUGUUGGUUGAAUGAAUAAAAUGCUUAAAAAGCUGAUGUAACAGCAAUCAGUUGUUAACCAGGCCUGUAUAUUUGAAUAAUACUUGCUUUACAGUUAAUAAAACACCUUUGUACAUAUGGGUAA